AUGAAGAGCGAGGAGCUGGCGGUGGCCAUGGAAGAGACCUGCGGGCAGGAGGACGCGGCGGGGGCGCCCGGUGACGCUUUCCCCGGCCUGGCGCCGGCGCCUCCCGGCCGCCUGGGGGCGCCGUACUCCGAGGCCUGGGGGUACUUCCACCUGGCCCCCGCGCGCCCGGGGCAGCCGUCGGGCUACUGGGCCACCUGCCGGCUGUGCGGGGAGCAGGUGAGCCGCAGCCCGGGCUCCCGCGCGGGCACCCCGGCGCUGUGGAGGCACCUGAAGAGCGCGCACCGGCGGGAGCUGGAGGAGGGCGCCGCCCGCCGCUCCCCGCCCCCGGGCCCCGGCCCCGGCCCCGCCGCGGCCGCCGAGGGCGACUGGGCGCGCCUGCUGGAGCAGAUGGGCGCGCUGGCCGUGCGGGGCAGCCUGCGGGAGCGCGAGCUGGCGCGGCGCGAGGCGGCCGUGGAGCGGGGCGAGCGCGUGCUGGAGCGGCGGCGCCGGGCGCUGCGGGAGGAGGAGCGCGCGGCCGCCCAGGCGCGGCGGGAGCUGCAGGCCGAGCGGGAGGCGCUGCAGGCGCGGCUGCGGGAGGUGAGCCGGCGCGAAGGCGCCCUGGCCGCGGCCCCGCUGCACACUCCGCUCAAGGAGGAGCCCGAGGGGAAGCGGGACGGCUACUCCGUCCACCUGUAG